AGUCUUUUUUUUUGUAUAAGUCCUGGCCUUUUUUCUUGUCAAUGCCGCGGACUCCAUAAACACACAACAGCCGGACAUAUGCCAAGACACGGAGCACAACACACGAUUCAGUUUGUGCAUCAAGCCUAAUAGUUUUCACAGAGAAACCAAUUCCUUUUCCUUCAGUGGUAAUAUAAAACUCGCUGUACGACGUAAACCCUUCUGUAGUUUGUUUGCUCAUAUCUCGUAUCAGGGAACAGACCGCCGUAAUGAAGCGCUCUCGUCAGGAUAAUCGGCGAUUGGGCCCUGCGGCGGCGGCGAUGCGGCGCAACGAUGUUUACCGAGAUGGCCGCCAGGCUGAGGACCAAGUCAGCACGCAGAAGCUCUUCAAGGAUGCCGUGGCGAUGCAGAAAUUUCACUCUCCCAACCAAUCCGGGGCGGGGGCGCGUGUUAUGAUUCACAGCCGCGAAGAGCUCGCCCUGUACCGCCAGAAGCGCCGAUCCGAGUUGGAAGAGAGCGUGCGGCGCGGCUACAAGGCCAUCGGCAACUGGAUCCGCUACGCGCGCUGGGAGGCGCAGCAGCGAGACUUUGACCGCAUGCGCGCCGUGAUGGAGCGCGCCGUCGCGGUGCACGGCGAGAACGGCAACCUGUGGCGCGACUACGCCGAGCUGGAGGAGGUGAACGGAUUCAUUGAGCACGCCCGACAGGUGUGGAACCGCGGCGUGUCGGCGCUGCCGUCGAGCGUGGAUCUGUGGGUGAAGUACCUAGCGAUGGAGCAGGCCGCCGGGCAGGAUCAGCGAGUGCGGGACGUGUUCCAUCGCUGGCUCGCCGGAGACGCGGCCCCGCCGUGCGCUUACGAGCUGGCUGCCCUGUACGAAGCGCAGCAGCGACGCCAAGCGGGGUGUCGCGAUGUCCUUCGCCAGUACGUCGAGCGGUACAACUCGCCGGCUAGCUGGUUGCUUUAUAGCGCGACGGAGCAGCAGGUCUUUGGCGAUUUCGCACGGGCCGUGAAGGUGCUGCAGAAGGCACUGCAGGCGCUCCCCGAUGAAAGCGUGUGGUCGCCGGAGGAGGAGUGCCGUGUGCCGUUGGCGCUUGCGGAGGCGCAUGUCCUGUGCGGCGACCCAACGCAUGCACGGGCCGUAUUCCACGACGCCCUGGAGAAGGCCGCCGCCUCUCCGCCGGUGCAGGAGAAGGUUUUGCUGGCUUAUAGUCGUUUUGAGCGACUGCACGGCGACGGCGCGCACUUCGAGCAAGUCGCAAGACUCCGCACCAUUCAGGUGUACGAGGAGCGACUGCGCACAAACGUUGACGAUUUUGAUGCCUACCUGACGCUGUACUCUCUCUAUCGAGAUCAGGAACGCGAAACAGGUGCGAUGAGCGAGGCCAAAAUCCCUGCAGGUCUGUCCAGCUCCACUGCGGUUGUGCCUUCUCUCUCUGCGCCGGCGGUGCAGUCGUCUCCAGCGCGACAGAUGCUGCGACGCGCACUUGCGAUUCCGGCCAAGGACGCGUACAGCGCCCAGCAGCGUGCUGUGUUGGUCAUGGAGUACGCCCGCUGCUGCGAACGCGACGGCAAUCCAGACGAGGCACGACGUACCCUUGCGCAAGAGCUCCGCCAGUUUCCGUUCGACGCAGCCCUGUGUCCGCGACUGUGGAUCGAGGCCGCCCUUCUGGAAGAGCGCUGCGGCGGCGUGGCACAGGCGCGCAAGCUUCUCCGUGCCGGCGCGCAGGUCACGAACAGCGCGGCGCUCUUUAAAGAAACGAUCCGGUUCGAGGAGCGUCAGCGCGAGGCAGCGGUGCACGCGGCAGCAGCAGCAGCAGCGGCGACACACACGACCGAUGUCGCGGCGUUAUCUGAUGAAAUCGAGGCUGCUGUGGCGGCUCCCUACGUGGCGGAGCUGCGGACGGACUACCAAAACGCCAUUCAAGCCUUCCCCUUCGAUGUGCAGUGGUGGCUGGACUACGCAAAGCUGGAGGAGCAGCAGCGGGAGUCGGCGCGGGCGGAUGCCCUCUACGCGGCGUGCAUUCGCACUUUCAACGCGGAGGCCGCACGUGUGGUGUCCUUCACGCAGCGCUACGACUUGCUCGCCCACGUAGAUGCUGCGUGGGCCCACCGCAUUCACCUGCACACCCGGCGCUGUCGUGCGCUGCAGCGUCAACUUAGCCGCCGUAAGGCACGACCGGAGGACGUGGAAGUGGCACGAGCAGAGCUGACAGCGGCGCAGACGCAGCUAACGAGCUUGUACGCGGCGCUGCUGCAAGACGUGUGGGAUGCCUAUCGCAGCGAGGCGGUGACAUGGUAUGAAAAGUAUUUUGAGGGCGGCGAGGGCAGUGGCGAGGGGGUGCUGUCAGGCGCCGCCCCGUCCAAGCUGCCCGCCACGCUGACACCCGCAACGGCACGCUGGUCGGAGGCGGUGGAGGCCGUGGCGGCGUACUUGGAGCGCAUGCACACCGCCAAAGGGCCGACCGCGGGCGACAGAGAAGAGGCGAAAACGGCGUUGCGUGCGAUCUUGAAGGCGAUGGUGCAGACGGAGCGUCACACGAUUCGCCACGCGCUGGGCUGGACGGAGCAGACAACGCACUUUGAUGCCGUGCAGCGAGCACGAGAAUGGGGCGAGCUGCUGUUGUCCCCUCUGCUGAACGAGUGGAGCAAGUUUGAGCUCACGCACGGCGGCUCGCUGGAGGCGGUGAAGGAGGUGAUUGAGCGGCCGACGAAGCGUCGCACGCGACUCUUCAAACCAAAGUCAUGA